CUGUACACACACACCGAAAAGCUGGGCCCGGCUCAUGGGGCUCCGUUUGCCCUCGCUCCCCAUCGCCUCGCCUGCAUUGUGGAAAGCGGGACUUUCCCACCCCUCAGGGACUUCAGUGGGAAUGCUAUUUCUUCCAUUGAAAAAAGGGUCUGGAAAGGAUACCCUUGGGCUGAAUAUUUAGUUUUAAAGGACAACGACUUACGCAAGCUGCAGAAAGAUUCUCUCGAGGGCUUGCUGUCGCUGAAGCACGUGGAUUUAUCCUGCAACAAAAUCCAGUUUAUUGAGAAACAAGCGUUUGAGCCACUGCCUUUUCUGCAGUUUAUAAACCUUGGUGGGAAUCUCAUUACCGAGCUUCAGCCCGGGACGUUCCAGGCCUGGCAUGGGAUGCAGUUUUUGCAGAAGUUGGUCCUGAGCCAUAAUCCAUUGUCAGUCGUGGCAGACACGUCGCUUUUCACACUGCCCUCCCUGGCGUAUCUGGACCUAGGAGCCACCCAAGUGACGCAAAAGACAUUUAAGACCCUCCUCCUGACGGCGCUCCGGUUAGAAACGCUGAGACUGCCCAGCAACAUGGCGUGCUGCCUCUGCCAGAUGAAGGAGAAUAUUGAAAUUCUGUGCAAGACAGUCAAGUUACACUGUGAACAUUCGUGUGCCACCAACUCCUCCCUGUGCGUUCACGAAGAGCCUUUCGAACAGAUGCAAGAGGAGCUGAUGAAAGUGUUAGAGGCCAGGAAACUGAACGCCAGCGCUGUGCUACAUCUCCAGCCCGAGGAGCCUUCGCCCCAGAGCGACAAUGCACCCGCAGUGCCGGGGGCUAGCCGGGGUCUGCCUAACGCUGCUGUGGAUCUCGACAAGCCAGGAGAGCUUCUUGCCGGCGUAAAUUACCUUUUCUUCAAACACCUGUCCCGGCCGGGGGAAAGGAACAGCGCGGAACUGGCCGUCUUGCCGGGUUCUAGACUGCUGAAUUUCAAUGUCCACCAAGGAGAGGGGCUUUUGAAACUUCUUGCAGACCAAGCCAGCCUGCUGGCGCGGCCCGACUUCGAGCACAUGGACUGGGCCAGCGAAGGUGAAUUGAGGAAGCUCUACAUGUUGGCCAGCCUGCUCGCAGCAGAGCUCCAAGAAAAAUUAAAGAAGGUGGAAAACGGCAGCGGCAUAAGCACGGCCAGAGCUGUGCUCGAGCCCUUCCUGACGACGCCUGCCACGCACGAGAGCCAGGCCCACAGAACUGGGUGGCAAACUCCAGCCGUGCCUGGGCACCUGAGAGGCCUUCUGAAAGCCACACGGCUGUGUGGGGAACUCGCCGAGCAAUGCACCAAGGCUUUAUCUGGGCACAGGCACGGCCGGAAGAACACUCCGGAGAGAACAAAGCAAUGUGAGGACUACCAGGUGAAAUGUGCGAGGGAGGGGAAGGAGGAAAAACCACCCAUCAAGGGGGAACGAGCCACCCGGGGCGCCCAAGAAGAGAGGUGCAAGGGGCCUGCUUGUGGGUUUAGCCGACUCCGAAGAGAACCGAAGGCGGCAUUUAAGAGUCAGAUGCAAAUGCUAAGUGACUGGGAUUUGCAGCACAUGGUACAAAGGAGGAAGAACAUGGCUGGAAGUUUAAAUCCCUCUGGCACAGUUCCUGUCUCCAGACAUCCCGAAAUACCCCAGAGACACUCCCUAGCACACCUGCCUACACAGGCCUCUCGCUUGGCCGUCUCGUUUAAGGUCGAAAACACUUCGGAGGAUUUAACAGGCAAAAUCAUUAUUUUCUUGGAACAUGCCAAUAAAACUGGUGGGAAGAAAGAGCUGGCUCUAAAGUUGAAGCAGGCACCCCUUAGAAAACCCCCCAAAGUUUUUAUUUUCAGAAAACAUGGCCAGAAAGGGAGUCCCCAUUUCAACAGACAUAAUAAUCUUUUCCAGAAGCCAUUUCAUCGAGUGAAUUCAGAGGUCAGGCCCAUGCUGCUGGAAAGAAAACAAAAGCCGGGGAGGAAGAGUAAACACCCUGCAAUCCAUGUGCUGUCCCACCGAAAGAGGCCUGCUUUGGCCAAUGCUGCCCUGAAGAAGCCAUCGGUAAACACAGACUCUUCGCUGGAUGGUCUCUUACCGAGCAUUCACCGAGCGAACGAAACACACUGGAAGCACCAACCAGAGAGCUCCACUCGCCCCUACGCACUGCCCGGUUCCUCAGCCCCAGAUAACUACUCGGUGCAAGGAGACCUCUUUGAAGCCGAGCUGAAUGGCCGGCUGCGCUCCCUCAUCCCAAACCAGGCAGUGAGAAACCUCAUCUCCCACGUGAUCCGAACCCUGAAAAUGGACUGCACGGAGCCCCGGGUGCAGCUGGCCUGCGCCAAGCUCAUCUCUAAGACGGGCCUGCUCAUGAAGCUGUUCAGCGAGAGGGAGGACAUCAAAGAGAGCUCCCCGCUGUGGCGCGCCUACCUCUGGGAGAGCGAGCAGCCCCCCAACCCCGGCCCCCGCCACAGGGAAGCUGGCAAGACCGAUGCCGAGGAGUUCCCCCCGGAGCCUCCCCAGUACAGCUAUGGCAACAAGCUGCUGCUGGCCAUCUCGGUGACGGUCGUCAUCAUGAUCAUUAUUGCAGUGAUUUGCCUCAUCGAGAUUUGUUCCCAAAGAUCGGCAUCUUCUCAGUCAACGCAUGAUAAAAAGCCUCCGUCACUCUGGCCCUUGCGGAAGCUCUCCCGGGAGAAGAGGAGCAAACCCUCCCUGGAAGUGAUUCAGCAGGUGCCUGGGGGAGCCGAGGCGUGGAGCAUGGAGAAGCCCCUCUGGCUCCGGGACAUGUAUCUGCCCCUGGAUUCCAUCCGCAAGAAAUCCAUGGCCCAGAAGUUGUACGACAGGGAGUCCUCGGACGAGGAGGAAAUCUUCAACAAGGCUGAUCUGAGAGGACGAUAUGAGCGGUCGUCCAGCAAAGACAGCUACUAACGUGUAUCGUUGUGAAUACUCCUGUAUAGCAAGGGACUGUAUAAAGUUAGAACGUUGUUCUGUGUUCCACAGGGGGGACGGGAAGCCGGCCUUUCUGACGCCUUUGCAAUAGAUGAUUAAAUAGAUGCUUUG